GUGGAAAAGGAGAAGAAUCGUAAGGUCAAAAUAGAUGAUUCCAUUGGCUGGCAAGACUCACCAGAUCGUGCUAUUCUUUCACUUGCCGGGCUUGGGACCCAACAUUCUCAAAUACUCGAACCGCCUAACUCUUCAACGCAGCCCCCAAUUAAGCCACGGGAAGUGACUCUCGCCGACGGCACAGCCGCUGCUCUCCCCCCCAGCCAAGAAGACGACUCCUCGGACCCCUCCUAG